CAUUGUGCGUCCGGGCGCCGCCGCCAGCCAGGCCGGGCCUCCUGCCGCCUCCCCCGCCUCCUCCUCCCGGCUGCCCAGGAGAGCCGGCGCGCCGGCGCCGCAGUCCCGGGCCCCGCCGCCGCCACCUCAGCAGCAUGUCGGGCCGGUCGGUGCGGGCCGAGACCCGCAGCCGCGCCAAGGAUGAUAUCAAGCGGGUGAUGGCGGCCAUCGAGAAAGUGCGCAAAUGGGAGAAGAAAUGGGUGACAGUUGGUGACACAUCCCUUAGGAUUUACAAAUGGGUGCCAAUAACAGAGCCUAAAGUAGAUGAUAAAGCAAAGAACAAGAAAAAGGGUAAAGAUGAAAAGUGUGGUUCUGAGGUUACUACUCCAGAAAACAGCUCAUCUCCUGGGAUGAUGGAUAUGCAUGAUGACAACAGUAACCAGAGUUCGAUAGCUGAUGCUUCCCCAAUAAAGCAGGAGAACAGCAGCAACUCAAGUCCCUUGCCAGAGCAGAGCUCCACAGGCCAGGUCGAUGGUCCUGGCUCCAAGUCUGAUGAUGCUCAGACUGAUGCAAAAGAAGAACCUGGGUCAGAAGAUGCAUCCGAUGAACAGAAUUCACAGUCUUCAAUGGAGAAUUCCAUCAAUAGUUCAGAGAAAGUUGAAACAGAGCCUUCAGCAGAAAAUGACAUAGCCACAGAGACAUCUAAAAACUCUCAGGACUCUGAAGGAGUGCCACCUUCUAAAAAGAUGAAAGUAGAGGCUCCCUCUCAACAAAAUAUUGAUGAAAUAUAAACUUUAGAUUUUUCCUGGGCAGUUUUUAUGUAAGGUACAUCAAUGGGUAAAUUAUCGAACAACCGUUCAUAGGUAUCUUCUCUUGGAUGAGGACAGAACUCUAUAAACUUUCCAAGUUACCAGGCAAAAAUCCAAGGAAAACCAAGCAAAGGUUUAAUCUCUUCAGACACUGAAAACUUUUUCCUGUGAAGCAAAAUGUUGAGCAUUUAAGUUACUGUCUCUGAAAUGGUUAGAGUAAACAACUCAGGAGGGGUCUACGCACUGUUUCUAAUGUCAGAAUUACAAUUAUGCUGCUGCUGUAUUUUUUUUCCAUUCUCUAUUUAACAUUAUAAGAUAUUUAAGAAUGGUACAGGUCAGGUAUUCUCUUCACAUGUGAAGUUCACUGUUCUGAUGUGAUGUCUGCUUCUUGUUUUGGGUUUUUUUUUUUGGUGCCUUGUGUCCCAAAACGAAAACAAGCCAGUGCUAAUUUUUGCAACUUCUCCUUUGCAAAGUGGCCUGUUCGUACAAUGCCAUAUAAAAUGUGUUCCGUUGUGUUUUUUUAUAUAUAUAUAUACUCUGGUGCUUACUGUCCUGAUAAGAGAUAACAUGAGAGAAACCAAGAAGCCAUUUUCACUGUUGGGAGUGCAGGCUUACCCACACCUGUGAGGUUUGAUUUUCCUGUACCUCCAAGGAUCACUUAUUUUUUGAACGCACGAUGUUUGAGCCACCAAGGACUUCUCCCGCGCCACCCUCACAGAUGUGUAUGCCCCAAAACAUUCUUGCCUUAGAGACUUUUGUAGUAGAAUAAUGCAUCUAUUUGGCUAUAUAAUGUAGCCUUCUUAAAAUUGAUUUAUCUGAAGUGAAUGUUCACUUAAAUUACGGUUUAUUUGGAUAAAAAAAUCAAUUAUGCAUAUUAAGUACUUAGAUCUGGAAAUCCAUAUUUGAGCCUUUUCAUGGAUUUAUUACAAUAAAUACAGGUUAAAAUGGAUGCAUGCGGAGCGGCAGAUGUAAUUUUGAAUAGGUAUAUUCUUCAAUCGUUUUUUAAAAAUUGAACUGGAUUUCACUGUUCUGUUCUUUAAUGAGAUGGUUACCGUGGUGGAUUCCAGGCUUCCUGUACUUCAGGCUCCUUGUUUCAAGAUUUGCUUGUCAAUACAGCUUUGUGACUUGCAGAAUCUCUCGUUCAGACAUCUGUGUUCCAUGCACGCUUGACUUGGCAACAGAAGCUGCAUAGAAGUCUUGUUCAUUUUAAUAGCAGCUGGAAGUGCAGGGCCACCUACACAUUAUGCCGGUUGCUGGGGGCAUAAUCUAGUGAAAAGGGAGUCAUGAAAUCAAUGCAACUUGAGUUGCAAUGGAUUUGCACUUUGUUGUUUUCAAUGGGGCUAAGUCAUGGCUGGACUUGCUAGAUUACACUCAGCAUUUUGCACAUUUAAGGAAUGGCUGAGCUCCUGCAGUUCCUUUUGGUAGGUGGGAACAUUUUUUGUCUGCCUGAGAAAUGCGUGUGAGAAGUAGAAGGUAGCAAAUGAGAACAAAGGAAUUUUGUCACAGUGAAACGGCAACUGCAGAACAAUUGCGUCUAGUUAGCUGUGGAAGAAGCGGGUGGCUUUUUAAAAGGCAUUAGCUUCCAAUCCAGACACUUCCCUUCACUGUUGCUGGUUAAAACCUUUAUUUCUGAUUUCUCCAGUGGUGAAAAUGGCUUUAGUUCUGACUACUGUAUUGCAUUUGCAAUUAAUUAUGAAAAAAGUUGGGAGAAGCAGAGGUGCCAAUUCUGACCUUCCACCAAUUGCUUGUACUGCAGAGAAAGUGGCCGUACAUUCAAAUUUGAGAAUAUCUUCUCAUUUUGUGUUGAAAUAAAUAUUUGCCUCUCAUCAAAAUUAAAUUUGCUUGCAAAUUAUUCAUGACAGCAGCGUGCUCCUUAGAAAGUCUCUUUGUGCUCGGAUCACAGAUUCAUUAAAUAUCUGAAAGAGACGUUGUAUUUGCACAAUAUGCAUAAUUAAAUGCUAAAGUGAUACGUUUUUCUCUCAUUUGUGUAUCUGCUUCAGACAUGGUGAUGAUGGGUUAAAUAGCAGUUAGUAUGGACAUGACAUCCAUGUUUAACCAGGGCUUGUGGUUUUUUUUGGGGGGGGACGUGGUUGAUCUAUGAAAUAGACAAAUAUAUUUUUUGAACUUUAAAAAAUGUAAUUAUGUAGCUUUUAAUUGAUCACUAAAACGGUCCAUGGCUCUGAAACGACCCUGUCCGGUAGUUGCUGUCUAUAGGAGCUUCAAUUUUUGUGGUUGUGCUCUGGUUUUUUUUUUUUUUUUUUACAAAGUUUCCAAGGAAGUAGAUAGGCUUUUUUUAAUUUCGAAGCUGAAUCCUGUACGUAAUGGAUAAUAUAAAUAUAUAAAUAUAUAUAUAAAUAUAAAUAUAAAUAGCACUAAAAUACCUCAAAUACUUCAUUUGGCAGAAAAGAUUUAUUGGCAUUACUGACAUUGAUAAGUUUAAUGAUAAAACUGGCUUCUUAAUCUCUCCUGGGGCCUAUUUCUGAAGAAUAGUGUCCUGCUGCUGUGUGGCCAUCGUUGUCUUUGGGGGCGGCUGUUUUUCUGUGGAUGUUGGAUUGAGUUGGAUGCUCAGGAGUUGACUCUGAAGAAUGGAGGCCAUUUUGUCGUUCUGUGGCUCCGAAAAACAAACAGCGGCAUCACCGUAGUCUUUGACUGGCGACCCACGGGCUCAGAGUUGAACCUUUAUCCACAAAUAGGCCUUGCGGGGAGGUUGAGAGAAUUGAGUUGUACUAUUUAUUCCUGUUAAUGUCUGUCUGCACCAUUUGAACAGGUCGGGGAAUGAAACAGACGGGUAUGCAGAGGUUUACCGUUGUGUGCAGAUUGUGGUUAGUGUUUUUUCGAAGUGCCUAAUAACAUGAUAGGCCGUCUGGUUGUGCAGCUUGUUGGGCUUUGAACCGUCAAAAGUUUAGGGUUGAGAACCAGCCGUUCAAGGUGGGGGUCUCCGUCUCUUCAGACUUGGUGCCGGACCCAGCGCCUUGGUCUGGCGCCACCGUUACUGGGACUUGGUUUCAGCAACUGGUUUGAAAGGGGGUGGACUGCAGAUCCUGCGGGCAAAAGGGGGAAAAGCAAAAAACACCGAGAUCUUGUCACUGGAAGUUCUCAUGUCUAUAGUGCCGUGGUCCCCCAGGCCCGCUGGUGGGCAUCAUGCAGCCCCAGCCCGCGGCAGACCGUGUGAGUUAGAAAUGGUGCAAGAUGUCAAGAAGUGCUUCCUUACCUACAUUCGGGGUAUUUGGGCCUCGACCUGGUAGGCACAAGCUGGCAAGGUAAUUGACUGACUUGGGUUAUACACGCAGGCAGGUUUUUGUAGCCAAACCGUUCAUUUUGAAGUUCUUUCGCUUGGGGAAAUUGUUAAACAUUCCAGAAAGUGCGGGCACUUUAACAACACCAACCAACCAACCAACCAACCAACCAAUGAGGCAGCAUAAAAAUUACUGGCUUGACCGGGGUGGGGGGCCAGGGAAUGGGAACAGUGUGUAUGGGGGGGCAGCUUUCUUCUUCCUGAACAUUGCUGUUUUGGAAUGUUCUUUAUAUCUAAAGGCCUGCUAGGGAGGUGUAAAGAAUUUUGUGGGGGGGGGGUUGUUUGUUUUUUUGUUUUUAAAGAAAACACCUAAUCGUUUUUUUCCACCUUAAUGAUUCUGUGUGUGUUGUACAGCAGUAUAAUUUUUUUUCACUUAUUUAUUCCAUCAGUAGCUAUGGUUUGUACAAUGUACAAUGAUUUCAUUUAGAAAAAUAAAACUAAAAUUCCAACACA